CUUUCCAUACUGACUUUCCCAACUCUUUACUCCAUUGGGUACGAAGCGCCGAUUUCCUGGUCCGGGGCACAAUGGCCACUGCUUCAAACUGCGCGCAAAUGAAUCGAAUAGAUGGUACCGAAGGUGACAAAAGGUCAUGAGUGCAGUGAGGAUAACAUCUGUGGAUGAACAGCCUCACCUGAAGCUCACCUGUCUACCACCAACCAGCCUCGCAGUAUGAAAGACCCUUUGUAAGACAGAGAACAGGAGCAGACUUCCUCACACCUACUGCCAAACAUGGAGGUGGAAGUUUGAUGGUUUGGGGUUGUUUUGUAGCAGAGAAGGUUGGGGACUCUUUCCAGGUGAAAGGAACACUGAACCAACAUGGCUACCAUUCCAUACUUCAAUACCAUACCAUUCCGUCACCAUACAACAAGACAAUGACCUGAACAAUACGUCCAAGCUCUGAGAUGUACCGGCUCGCAGGCUCAGAGAGAAAUAUUCAACUAGCGAUGAGCAGCUUUGGCAAUUUUUGUACAAGAGGCACAGCAAAGUGUUUGAGCUGAAUGUUUGGAAAAACGAACUGUCCGGAUUCCAAGUGUGUGCGAAGCUGUUAUUCAUGCUGAGGGAGGAUUUUCAAUGAAAAGCAGUUGCUAUUUCUGUAGUCGUUUGGUCAACGUAGCAGCAUAUAAACUAAAGGAACAUGCAGGUGUCUUUCAAAAAUGCGUCUGAAGGAGAGCAGGAUGCCGCUGUGAAGUUGGAUCAGGAACGGGCCGAAAUCGUAGCCAGAUAUGACAAGGGUGUGGAAGGUGGGUCGGUUGAGCCUUGGGAGGAGGCGAACUACGACCUCUACAAAGUGGUGGACCGAUUCGGCUUCCUGCAAGAGAAUGAACUUCCAGCCUCUAAUGCCAUAGAGGAAAAGCAAAAGCAACUGGAAUUGGAGAGGACAGAAAAAUGGUUGAAGAUGCUGAAAAGCUGGGACAAGUACAAGAAUAGCGAGAAGAUGGUGAGAAGGGUCUACAAAGGAAUCCCACUACAGCUUCGAGGACAGGUGUGGUGUCUCCUUCUUGACGUCCCCAAAAUAAAAGAGGAGAAGAAAGAUUUCUACGAGAAGCUGAAGUUGAGAGCAAAACGUUUGUCCCCUGAUAUUCGUCAAAUAGAUCUGGAUGUCAACCGCACAUACAGAGACCACAUCAUGUUUAUGCGGCGAUAUGACGUCAAGCAGCAGGACCUGUUCCACGUCCUAACGACCUACUCCAUGUACAACAGGGAGGUGGGAUAUUGUCAAGGUAUGAGCCAAAUCACUGCUCUCCUUCUGAUUUAUAUGAAUGAAGAGGAUGCAUUCUGGGCUCUGGUCAGACUGCUAUCUGGUCCGAGGCAUGCGAUGCACGGAUUCUUCGUGCCUGGUUUUCCAAAGCUGCUGCGCUUCCAAGAGCAUCAUGACGGCAUCCUGAAGAAAAUGUUGCCUAAACUUAAACAACAUCUAGACAACCAGGAGGUUUUCACCAGCCUCUAUACCAUGAAGUGGUUCUUUCAGUGCUUUCUGGAUCGUACCCCUUUUACGUUAACCCUCAGGAUAUGGGACAUCUACAUUCUAGAGGGAGAGAGAGUUCUGCCUGCGAUGUCCUACACCAUCCUCAAGCUCCACAAAAAGACUCUGAUGAAGUUCUCCAUGGAGGACCUUGUGGAGUUCCUCCAAGUUGCUCUCUCGAAGGAUUUCUGCUUCGAAGACGACUAUGUAAUCGAGCAGCUCCAGAGUUCCAUGUCCGAACUCAAACGCAUCAAGCUUGAGCUUCCUCCUCCAGGUAAAGACGAGGAGUUUCCUACAAAGCCGCUGGGCCAGCUUCCACCAGAGCCAGAGGGAUUGGUGCCAGGGAAAGCCAAUCAUAUCGCUAAUGGGCGGAUGGAGGCUCUGCCCUCUCCGAGCACAGCCACAGAAACAAAUGUUUCGGCAAACAGAGAGAGAAAAGACUCGGUGCAUGGAACACCCAAAAAGGCAGAAAAAAGGGAGGGGACCAAAGAAGCCAUGGUUGCUGACAGCGCAAAAUCGCGCAUGCCGUCGAAUCAGAACUUGAAUGUAGGACCCAGUAGACAGAGAGACUUGGGGCCACGGUGGGUAAAACCGUCCGAGGGCAGGCUGGCGGCCAUGAUGGAGGGUCAGUCCAUCCUCAAUGACACCCUACCCUCUUCUCCUGCCAUGUCAGUGUCCAGUGAGCAGCCGCGGCAUCUCCGCCCUCGAUCCCGUGGUUUCGUGCCCGGCUCCAACCGUGGCUCAAACGCCUCGCAGUACGACAAUGUCCCAGUGUCGGAUGGAGACGUUGCAGACAUUCCGGAUUUUACACAGGUUUCGGAACCUUCUCAUCAGUACAUGCCACCAUCUGUUAGACACGGAAGCCCUACAAGGCCCACUACUAGUGGCAUCACUGGUCCAACUUUUCGAAUUCCUAAAAAUCCACCCCUAAACUUGAUGCCCGACCCUCGCCAACCUUUACACUACACACCAGGUGGCGUGGUGCCCAUGUAUUCCCCCUAUCCACCGAAAAUGGUGCCGGAAAACCGGCCGUAUGGAAUGGUGUACGACGAAAGGGCAUACGGUACUACAGUACGCACCACACCUCCAAAUCGCUCACCGGAAAAAAUGCCGAAUAACAGCUACACCACAUACCGGCGCCAGCCGAUUAAUCCCGAUCUUGUAGGUCAGAUGGACAGCUUUGGGGAAAGCGCGCAUUUCCCGAGGCAGCCUACUCGUCACGUAGAUCAGCGACAUGAGAGGCAGUGGCAAGGCCAAGGUUGGCACGGGGAAAUGAUCAUGGACGCGCCGUCCCUGCGCACUCCCGGUGGGUUACCCCGCUCAUCCAGCUUCCAGAAUGCCCAGCUCUCACCUUUACACCAUGGUCAGGAGUAUAACUUGCCACCAGUUCCCCUCUCAGAGAACAUGAUGCACUACAGGGCCAUGGCUGGCAGGAAACAGAUGCCUACUGUGUUCGGUGGAGUUCAUUACCGACAAGAGGCCUUCGCCAUGCAGGAGUCCAUGCUGCUCUGAGAAAAUAGAGAGAGUGAGAGAAUGAAUGAGAAAGUAGACUGAAAGAGUUUGAGAGAAUGUGAGCUAGUGGGAGAAGUUAAACUGGAGAGAGAGAAUGUGUGGUUAGAAUGAGUAAGCGAGAAUAAGAUAUGGAUUUAAAGACAGGAAGAGAUUUGGACUGGAAAAGUGACAUUGUUUAAGAGAAUGAAUGAUGGAAAGUAUAAUGUCUGGUCAUAGAGAAUGUCGUGUGUGUGUGUGUGUGUGUGUGUCUGUGUGUGUUGGGUUUGUUUAUUGUGUGUUUACAUGUCUUUCUGUCCUCAGCAAUUUUACUGAACCCACAUUGAUGGUCCAUUCAGCUUCAGGCGUUUAUACUGAUCAGCCAUCAAGAACUGACAAAAGAUAUAUAUAUUUUUUCCUUAAUUGUUCUUUGCUUUAAUCCUUAACAGCAACACUUUUUCGUUUUUACAUUUAAAAAUUGUACAGAAAGUUUGUUCCUUACAUAUUUAACCGUGCUUGUAGCAUGAUUUGAAACGAAAAAACAGAAAUCCCAAAUUUUAUUUUUAACAAUUUACUUUUCCAAAAACAUCAGAUCUCUAUAUGUAUACACUGUAUACAUAUUUUUGAGCUUGGGAUAUUAUGUAGGGCUGUGAAUAUAAAAAAAGAAUAAUCUACAAUUAGAUGAAAAAAAAGAAAGAAAAAAAAAGAAUUAAUUUUUGCACAGAUGUCAAUUUUUUCCCUGCGUAUGAAGAGAGCUCUUUCUUUCAAUUGUGUGUGUGUGUAUAUAUAUAUAUAUAUAUAUAUAUAUAUAUAUAUAUAUAUAUAUAUAUAUAUAUAUAUAUAUAUGCGAUUUGAGAGAGGUGUAUGUUACGACAGAGGCGAACUCUGAAUGCGUUCCACCUCAUCGUGUACUGUACAAUGAGCAUCCGCACAAACUGAAAUCAUCCAGGUGUUACCGUAAGCGAGAUGACAUUAGGAUUUGACGAGCGGAAAUGUCCAUCCAAAUCUCACAGCACAACACAGACUCAGGUUAGGGAUGCGUUUUGUCACAAAAACCGCUUUAUAAGAGAAAGAAAAGCACGAAACGCGUUUAUUAUCAUUGCAACAAACAGCUACAUCUUUUGUCAUUUUUACAUUAGUUUCACUUCCACAAUAUACACUAUAUGAACAAACGUUUGCGGACACCAUAGGAUUUGUACGCUCUUGAUUCAUGUCUUAUUUCACACUUAGUCCUCUAAUAGCUGUUAUAAUAAGCCUCCAAACUUCUGCACAUUUUUCCACUGGAGUUUGGAGUGCGUUUGUAGAGAUUUGUGCUCAUUUAACCACAAGGGUGUUGGUAAAGCCUGGUACUGAUGUAGGUCAGGUGAGGAGGCUGGGGGUGCAUUCAGUGUUCCAUUUCAUCCUAAAGGCUCUAUAGCAGGAGAUCCUCCACUCGAACCCAUGUCUCAUAGUGCCGGCUUUGUGCACAGGGGCAUCACAAUGACGGAACAGGUUUGGGUCUCCUAGUUCAAGGAAAGGAAAAAAGUUCAUGCUACCACAUUUAAAGACCAUCCUAUAUAAUUGUGUGCCUCCAGCUUUGUCGUAACAGUUUGGGGAAGAACCACAAGUGACCAAAAAUGACGUGUCCCAAUUACUUUGUCCAUAUAAUGUAUAUAUAAGCUGCCAGUCUAUUAGUUAAUUGUAUUUAGAGGUGUGUCUGGUCCCAGGUUCACUCGCUCCCACAGUUAUCGGUCGCACCUAAACGAUAUGUUUCCUGCUGAAUUUAGGACAUUAAAACCACCAGAAUUCAGGCGUUUACAUAAUGCGAACGAGAUGAAUGCUGUAAAUACACCAAUCACUAUGGCAUGUGGCGCUGCACGUUUUUUCUACCUGACAGCAUGCAAGAAAGAAAAAACCUUUAGGAUUCUUUAUUUCUACUCCCAGGCCAUUAUUCUUUAUUUGAAAGGAGUUGAGAGAGAAUCAUGUGAACUUUCAUAAAGCUACAAAACGCAGCUCUGUAAAUCAGUUAUUAUCUUGGAACAUAUUUUUAAAGGGAAAUGCUUUGUUUACAUGGACCCCGUAAGGGAACACACCAAGGACUGCGUCGCUGUACCUAAUAAACUGGCAGCUCGAGGUGUAUUUUAAAACAAAGAGUAUCAUUUUAUUUAAUUGUUUUAUUUUGUUUAUCUGGCCUACAGUGCUGAAGCCAGAUAAAUCCAAAUCAGUAACAAAAAUCGAACAGUAUAGCAAUUGUGUUGGCAAUUGAUACUUAUGGAAGCUCGUUUAGACCAAAAAAAAAAGUUUGCCUGAUUGUGACUUUAUCUCAAAAUUCUGUUUUUUUUUGUUUGUUUGUUUUUUUCUCGCAAUUCCGACUGUAUUUCUGCCAAUUCUAAGUACUUUUUCUUGAGCUCUCUUAAGGGACUGGAGGCAAGUUUAAUACCAUGCUAUUCUUCCAGUAGCAGCAACAUCUCAUGGUUUCUGGAACCACAUCGAAAAAUAGUCCUCUAUGAUUUGAUCUAUUGUUUUAAAGAUCGGUCUUUUGAUUGUAGCUUUAUUUAAUUUUUUAUGUGUAAAGCUUUCUGGCAAUACAGAGGGAUGGCGUUGGGCGGCUGGCAACAAAAAAAAACUUUUUGAGAAAUAACAUUGGAAAUGCAAGAAGUUAAGUCAAACUUUUCUUUAUGUGGUGGAAACAGACUUCAAUAGAUACUAAUGAUGAACAUUUGAAUUUUUUAUUUUAUUUUUUUUGGGGGGAUAAAUUGAUCUCAGGAGGUUUUACUCGUGGAAUUGUCAGGAGAAAUGAAACACAACAAAGGCAUUGUUGAAAAAAAAAUCCCUAAUAUUAGUUCAAGUGAACUAUCAAGUUACAUUAGUGCAAGUAGUGCAAUUUAUUAUUGUUUCUUUUGAAUCAGUACAUUCCUCUGCAUUAGCCUGGAAGCUAAUGGCCUGCAGUCUGGAACUGCUAACAUAGAUUCUGGCUUUUAUACUAAGAGAGAUUAUAAAUAUACUGGAUGUAUGUAAAGAGUGUGUAGUAACAUGUACACACUCCUCAACUGGCCCCUUCUGCUCCCUUCUCGGUAGUCGCUGCGUUUCCCUGCACAAGAUAUUCCUCUCUUUUUUUUUCCUAACAAACAUCGAGUGCUGCGGCGAUUCACCCGGUCGUGUUUAGAAGCGAAGAAGUGUACAGUCUGAAUAGAACAGAGCCCAUGCUGUAUUAUAUGUCUAGCCGUCUCACUGGAUAGUAACUUAUUAUGAAGAGUCUCAUACCUGUUGUACACACUCAGUAUUUCAGCACCUCACCAAACAGACUACUAUAACACUUUUUUUUUUUUUUUAAUGGCAAUGUACUGUACAUCACAUUUCCAUUUUUAUAACAUCAACAUAUUUUUACACAAACUUCGACACUAAAACUGCAUAAUAUUCAUGCUGUUAUACAGACCUACGGUUUAUGUGAAAUCUACUAAGCACAACUCUCAGGCUGACUCGUAUAUCCCAACCAACCCACGUAUCAUUAGUGCUACUUCAGGCCUGAGUGUGUGUGCGUGUGUGUAUGUGUGUGUGUACGUGUUGUUAAAAGAACAGCGAAUUUUGAUACAGUUUUGAUUAUUCAAAUCAAAAGGUUGUUGUUUUUUCCUUACUUUCCCUUUGGUUUAAACUACUAAAUGCAACUUGAUGAUCAAAAAUAUUUUUUGUCUAAUAAAAGAAUCCCUUCAGGGGUUUGUCAUUUAA